CAGAGAUUGUCAGGCCAUUAUUUUUGUCAUUGACAGCAGUGACAUACUAAGAAUGGUUGUGGCCAAGGAAGAACUUGACACUCUCUUGACUCAUCCAGAUCUUAAACACCGCCGAAUACCAGUUCUCUUCUUUGCAAAUAAGAUGGAUCUUAGAGAUGCUGUUUCCUCUGUUAAAGUCUCUCAUUUACUGACAUUAGAGAACAUCAAAGACAAGCCAUGGCAAAUCUGUGCUAGUGAUGCUCUUAAAGGAGAAGGGUUACAAGAAGGUGUGGACUGGCUGCAAGAUCAGAUCCAAAUAAUGAAGACAUGACAAGCUAAUGAACUAAUGGAAAUAUUAAAGAUAAUUUAUAGAUACUGAAGGCCUUGGAGACAAAAACUUUAGGCCUGUGUGUUUUCUUGUGUUGGUUUUCAUAAAAGCCUUUAAAAAUAAAAUAGUAUUUUGCUAAUAGUUCAUAAUGGCCAUAAUGUGACCAGAGAUUUAGGUGUGGUCAAAUAAAACAAUGAAGUAAUUGUAUAUUAUUCAAAAACCUUUGGUAUAUUUUAUUUAAUUUUUAGUUAGAUGCCUUAGGGAAAUGCAUAUUGUUAUCUUAACAAAAAUGAUUUCUGAAAAGCUUUGCAUAGUGUCUUACAUUCAAAACUUCACACUGGCCAUGUCUCUUUCUGAACUAAAAUUAGAUUUAAAUUUAAUAGUCACAAGAAAGAACAAAUGCUGUAAAACUUAAGCUAGUGCACUUCUUGUUCUUUCAAAAAAAAAUUCCUACAGCUGGGAAGACUAUUUUUGUCCUUUUUCUUCCCCAUCCCUCAUUUUUUUUAUCAUCAUGUUAUAUUGUCUAGCCCACAGAUGAUAGUUUAUUCUAACUCUUGUGUAUAAAAUAAUUUCAAACCAUAGUUUGAAAUUUUACUUUAUAAACCUGUUUUAUGUAACAAAGCAUUGGGAAAGAAGAUAAUUAAGAGUUAAGAAAAAAUGGAAGGUUAUUUUUUCAGACA